AUGCCUCACUUCACCGUGGUGCCGGUAGACGGGCCGCGGCGCGGCGAUUAUGACAACCUCGAGGGUCUGAGUUGGGUGGACUACGGGGAGCGCGCCGAUCGGGAGGACGCGGACGGACAUGGCAACCAUAAAGAGAGCAGCCCUUUCCUUUGUCCCAUGGAGGCUUCCAGAGGAAGUGACUACCAUGACAGGAACCUGGCACUGUUUGAGGAAGAGCUGGACAUCCGGCCAAAGGUGUCAUCUCUUCUGGGCAAGCUCGUCAGCUACACCAACCUCACACAGGGCGCCAAGGAGCAUGAGGAGGCUGAGAGUGGAGAGGGUGCCCGUCGGAGAGCAGCCAAGGCACCCAGCAUGGGCACCCUCAUGGGGGUGUACCUGCCCUGCCUGCAGAACAUCUUUGGGGUUAUCCUCUUCCUGCGGCUGACCUGGAUGGUGGGCACGGCCGGCGUGCUGCAGGCCCUCCUCAUUGUGCUCAUCUGCUGCUGCUGUACCUUGCUGACGGCCAUCUCCAUGAGCGCCAUUGCCACCAAUGGUGUGGUUCCAGCUGGGGGCUCCUAUUUCAUGAUCUCCCGCUCGCUGGGGCCAGAAUUUGGAGGUGCCGUGGGCCUGUGCUUCUACCUGGGAACAACAUUUGCGGCAGCCAUGUACAUCCUAGGGGCCAUUGAGAUCUUGCUGACCUACAUUGCCCCUCCAGCCGCCAUUUUUUACCCAACAGGCACUCAUGACACAUCGAGUGCCACCUUGAACAAUAUGCGGGUAUAUGGGACCAUUUUCCUGACCUUCAUGACCCUAGUGGUAUUCGUUGGUGUCAAGUAUGUGAACAAAUUUGCCUCACUCUUCCUGGCCUGUGUGAUCAUCUCCAUCCUCUCCAUCUAUGCUGGAGGCAUCAAGUCUAUUUUUGACCCUCCUGUGUUUCCAGUAUGUAUGCUGGGCAACAGGACACUGUCCCGGGACCAGUUUGAUGUCUGCGCCAAGACGGCCGUGGUAGACAAUGAGACAGUGGGCACCCAGCUCUGGAGCCUCUUCUGCCACAGCCCCAACCUCACGGCUGAGGCCUGCGACCCCUACUUCCUGCUCAACAAUGUGACUGAGAUCCCCGGCAUCCCUGGUGCAGCUGCCGGUGUACUCCAGGAAAACCUGUGGAGCACCUACCUGGAGAAGGGUGAGGUCGUGGAGAAGCAUGGGCUGCCCUCCAGGGAUGCCCUUGGCCUGAAGGAGAGCCUGCCCCUGUACGUGGUGGCUGACAUCACCACGUCCUUCACUGUGCUGGUUGGCAUCUUCUUCCCCUCAGUAACAGGCAUCAUGGCUGGUUCCAACCGCUCUGGGGACCUCCGAGACGCGCAGAAGUCCAUCCCAGUGGGGACCAUUCUGGCCAUUGUUACCACUUCCCUUGUCUACUUCAGCAGCGUGGUUCUCUUUGGUGCUUGCAUUGAGGGUGUGGUCCUCCGGGACAAGUACGGCGAUGGUGUCAGCAGAAACCUGGUGGUGGGCACGUUAGCCUGGCCUUCGCCCUGGGUCAUCGUUAUCGGCUCCUUCUUCUCCACUUGUGGUGCCGGCCUGCAGAGCCUAACUGGGGCACCACGCCUAUUGCAGGCUAUCGCCAAGGACAACAUCAUCCCUUUUCUCCGGGUUUUCGGUCAUGGCAAGGCAAAUGGUGAACCGACGUGGGCCCUCCUCCUGACAGCACUCAUCGCUGAGCUGGGCAUCCUCAUUGCCUCCCUGGACAUGGUGGCCCCCAUUCUAUCCAUGUUCUUCCUGAUGUGCUACCUGUUUGUGAACCUCGCCUGUGCUGUGCAGACACUCCUGAGGACCCCCAACUGGCGGCCUCGGUUCAAGUACUAUCACUGGGCACUGUCCUUCCUGGGCAUGAGCCUCUGCCUGGCCUUGAUGUUUGUCUCCUCCUGGUACUACGCCCUGGUCGCCAUGCUCAUCGCUGGCAUGAUCUACAAGUACAUUGAGUACCAAGGGGCUGAGAAGGAAUGGGGCGAUGGGAUCCGAGGCCUGUCCCUGAGCGCCGCCCGCUAUGCCCUGUUGCGGCUAGAGGAGGGCCCUCCUCACACCAAGAACUGGCGGCCUCAGCUACUGGUGCUGCUGAAGCUAGAUGAGGACCUUCACGUGAAGUACCCGCGGCUCCUCACUUUCGCCUCCCAGCUUAAAGCCGGCAAGGGCCUGACCAUCGUCGGUUCUGUCAUCCAGGGCAGCUUCUUGGAGAGCUACGGCGAGGCCCAGGCUGCUGAGCAGACAAUCAAGAACAUGAUGGAGAUUGAGAAGGUGAAGGGCUUCUGCCAGGUGGUGGUGGCCAGCAAGGUGCGGGAGGGGCUGGCCCACCUCAUCCAGUCUUGCGGCCUGGGAGGCAUGAGGCACAACACCGUGGUGCUGGGCUGGCCCUAUGGCUGGCGACAGAGUGAGGACCCACGCGCCUGGAAGACCUUUAUUGACACCGUGCGCUGCACCACAGCUGCCCACCUGGCCCUGCUCGUGCCCAAGAACAUCGCCUUCUACCCCAGCAACCAUGAGCGCUACCUGGAGGGCCACAUCGACGUGUGGUGGAUUGUCCACGAUGGCGGCAUGCUCAUGCUCCUGCCCUUCCUGCUGCGCCAGCACAAGGUUUGGAGGAAAUGCCGGAUGCGCAUCUUCACGGUGGCCCAGAUGGACGACAACAGCAUCCAGAUGAAGAAGGAUCUGGCCAUCUUCCUAUAUCACCUACGUCUCGAGGCAGAGGUGGAGGUGGUGGAGAUGCACAACAGCGACAUCUCUGCAUAUACCUACGAGCGGACACUGAUGAUGGAGCAGCGCUCCCAGAUGCUGCGGCAGAUGAGGCUGACCAAGACAGAGAGGGAACGAGAGGCCCAGCUAGUCAAGGACCGGCACUCGGCCCUGCGGCUGGAGAGCCUGUACUCGGAUGAGGAGGAUGAGUCUGCAGCUGGGACUGACAAGAUCCAGAUGACAUGGACCCGGGACAAGUACAUGGCCACGGAGCCCUGGGACCCCAGCCACACGCCCGACAACUUCCGGGAACUGGUGCAUAUUAAGCCGGACCAGUCUAAUGUGCGGCGCAUGCACACGGCCGUGAAGCUCAAUGAAGUCAUUGUCACACGCUCCCAUGAUGCCCGCCUGGUCCUACUGAACAUGCCUGGCCCACCCAAGAACAGCGAGGGUGAUGAGAACUGGAUCCUUUGGUGGGUAGACAUGGAGUUCCUGGAGGUGCUGACUGAGGGCCUCGAACGAGUGCUGUUGGUACGUGGUGGUGGCCGUGAAGUCAUCACCAUCUACUCCUGA